GCAAGGAGACGGGACACGAGUCGGGUUCAGAGGAUUUUGUUCCCAAAACACUUAUCUCCGUAAAAAGAAAGAAAGAAAUUAGGGUUUGGAGACAGUUCAACUUUUCCGCAAUUCGUAGUAUUCCACUCUUGUUUUUGCGACAAUGAAAAAUCGGAAGCCGAACGGAAACGGAAACGGCUACAGGAUUGAGAUGGAGGGCCCAAAACCGAUUACUAUGAAGAAGAAAAAGAACAUCAACCGAUUGGGAGGAACUGGUCUUUCGCUUCAAGCAUUCGCUAAUGCCAAAUCCACCACCAAUCAUUACAAUCCUGCCUUAAUAAAGAAGAAAAGAGAGUUCUAUAAGAAUGCUAAGCAUGUUAACAAGUAUAAGAAGUCACUGAAGCAACAAAAUCAGGGGAAUGAUCUUCCUUCAGCUAUAAGAACCCCCGAGGAGGAGAAUGAAGACAUAGUUAGUAGUUGGACCAACAAAAAGAACAAGAAGAAGAAGAAUAGUUCACACAGUUUGAGAGAAUUGUAUGAGAAGCAGCGGGAGGAGAAAGAGAAGUUAAGGAUGGAGAGGGAGGCAAUUAUUCAAGCAAAGAAGGAACAGAAAGAGAAAGCUGAAGUUCAGAGAAAGGCAGGAAGGAAGGAGAUGUUCAAAAAGACACGACAUGGUCAACCUGUAAUGAAAUAUCGAAUCCAGCAUCUUUUGCAAUCCAUACAGAGUUCAUCUAGUGCUUCUGUUAAUAAAAAUCAGUAAUUUAAAAUUUGAUAUUCCUUGUUUUGUACUUCUUUAGUGCGCACAGUAGCUGAUUUGGAGAACAUAGUGGUGAUACAGGGGAAUUUUGGCAAUGUAAUGUUAAUUGCCCAAAACAAGGGAUUUUCUUCAUGCUCCUGUAUCAUUUGGAUGGCUAAAGGAGUUUUCGCAUCCAAUCUAAAAACCUUCAUGUUAGUUUUUAAAUAUAAAGUAUGAAACAGCAGCAUUUUUGUCUCAACAUUUACCUGUGCAUAUGUUGAUUUAUUAUUGCCUCUAUCCAGUUUUAUCUGUAAUAUUUGUUGGGCAAAACUAGAAAUGAAGAUCGUAGAGUCCAUCCCAAGGUUCGUCCACAGGAACCGCCCUGACAAAUCUAUAUCACUAUCAUAAUCUAAAGGACAAGGAUGGCUAACCCUAUAUUACUAUCAUAAUCUAAACAUGCCGCGAGAUUAAGGUGGACAUAACUCAUCUAGUAGAACUAUACCAGGCUGAGUUCUGCUAACAAUGAAAAAGACAACACCACCCACAUAAUCUAGAAAACAAAAUUCCCUUCUACAGCUAACUUUGGAAGCAAGUGAUCAGGGACCUUCCUAUCCAGUCCAAUAUGAUCAACUUUCUCAGCCUAUACGCCGUGCCACAACUAUAGCUCGCCGGGGAGGUGGUCGGAUGCAGAUGGCCAUGAGGGUGAGAGCAAUAACCACCGCCAUGACAAACUGUGUGAGAUCCAAACCAUUCCCUUCAUUUAAUUCGGAGCAGAUGACUUUCCCCAUCUCCAAUAGGAUGAGCACCGGCUUCAGUUUCCUGUGUCAAAAGGGGGCUUGGAGUUGGGAGAAAAGGAAUGCAAAUUCCAUACAUGUUAAUGGUUCUUAUAUUUCUCGGACUUCAAGUCAACUCCAAUGUGAAAAAGUAUUAUUCUAACUGCGUGUUCAUUGGUUUGAUGCAGACUCCCGGAAAAUUCAAACAAAGGUUAGCUGUGAAAUGU